AUGACUGUAGAUACCUCCUGUUCUUCAUCUUUAAAAGCAACUAUUUUAGGUUAUGGGGCUAUUAAAAAUGUUUAUUUAGUAAAUAAAUAUUUUGCAAUCCAUAACAAUUACAAUAGUAACAACAAUAAUAAUUACAACAAUAAUUACAAUAAUAAUAGAAAUAUAACCUAUUCACAAUAUUAUAACACAAUCAACAAUAAUUUAGCUGAUCAAAUUAAUAUUCACCAAAACCCACAAAAUAUAAAACCAAACCAUCAGUCCCCACCACGUCAAGUUGUUUCCACAUGUGCCCCAUCAGACCAUCAACCACAAUCUCAAUUUUUCAACUCAAUUUCUUCUCAAUUAAUUAAUACCCCAAAUCCACCACCAAUUACAUCUGCCCCAUCACCAAUUGUAUCAAAAACCUCUGCAGCUCCAUCUACUCCAUCGCCAAUUGUUUCAAAAAAAUCUGCAGCUCCAUCUAGUCCAUCAGCAAUUGUAUCAAAAAAAUCUGCAGCUCCAUCUACAUCAAUUGGCAAUCAUCCAAUGAAGAAGAGACCAUUGGAUUUAGAUAAUGAAAUAUGUAAUGGUGAUAAACAAAUUUGCAAAAAACAUAAACUCGAAGAUGAAGAGAGUUUAAAUAAAGUAAAGCAAUUUGUUGAAAUGGAAAAAUUAAAAAAAGAAAAAGAAAGAGAAGAAAUGGAAAAAUUGGAAAGACUUAAAACAAUAGAAAGAAUAACAAAAGAAUAUAGAGAAAGGGCAGAAAUAGAAAGAAUUCAAUCUUUAGAAAGAGAGAGACAAAUAAAAGAAGGUCUUGAAAGAAAAAGAUUUGAAAUAAUGCAAGAAGAAAGAGAACAAAUUGAAAAAUCAGAAAGAUCAAGACUACAAAGAAUCGAAAAAGAUAGAGAAAGAGCAGAAAAAAUAAGACAAAGAGAGGAAAGAGAGGAAAGGGAAAGAGCAAGACAAGAAAUACAAAGAAUAAGAGAAGAAAGAGAAAGACAAAGGGAAGAGAGAGAAAGAGAAGAAAGAAUCCAAAGGGAUAGAGAAGAAAGAGAGAGGGAAGAAAGAGAACAAUUAGAAAGAGAGAAUUUGGAAAGGGAACGUUCAGAAAGUGAUGACAAAUGCACUAUUUGUCUUAAUUUUGUCGAUACAAAUGAAAUGGGUAUAAUCGAUUGCCUUCAUAAAUUUUGUUACAAUUGUAUCGAACAAUGGUCUAGACGUAUAAAAACCUGCCCAAAUUGUAGAGAAGAGUUUCACGACAUAAUAAAAGUAAAACAUUUAAAAUUAUUUCCAUUUUACCAUUUGUGA